AUGAACGCCAUCAUUUUUUUAAUCGUAGAGAGAUAAAGCUCAAUAAAGUUUCGAUAAUGAAGAACCACUCGGUGUGGCAUCUCCACAUUAUUAUCAUUGCGCGCUCUCGACACUCAUCCACCUGAACUCGCGCGGACAAUCUCGCCCGGCCGACGAAACGAACCAAGCUAGCUGUCUCACUCGUUCGCGGCCUGAGCGAGAUGCGCUCUCUCCUUCUCCCCGCGCGCCCGGCCGCCGCUCUCGACCAAUCGGCGGCCAUCUUCUGCUCCCCCGAGAGCAGAGCGACAGUGCGUACUCUCAUCACGAUCACAAGGAGACGACAUCUCGCCGUGCGAGGUUGUCGUUCCCGCGCGAGAUGCAACACGUUCGACGCGCGAAUUACUACAUUAUAGUGCCUUACAAAUAUUAAAGUGUUUAUAAAUAGAAAAUAAUUCAAGACUGUAAAAUCUGUGCUCAAAAAUUAAAUAAGGUGUUUUGUGAAAGACUGGACGCUGUUUCGUGUGUUACUGGACUAUUAUUUUGUAUUAUUUCGGGCUUCAGCUGAUAUCGCGAAAAUUAUCCACCAUUGGGCGCAGGCGCGGUCGUCCGUCGCGGGCCAUGCAGGGUGCUGCAAGCGCGCCCGCGCCUCCCGCGGCAGAACCGCCAGCUUCACAACAAAUCAAAACAGAGGAGGUCAUCAGUGAAGCUAAAAUCGAGGCCAACGAAGAAAUGGACGGGGUUAAAAUUGAAAAGCAGGAGUUCAGAGCCACUCGUACUACGAGCAUCGACAGCGACAACCGAUCUGACAGGAGCGAGGAAGAAGAUUCUAGAAGGGCUCGCAAGCGCGCCGCCUCCACCUCCCCGUCCCCGAUCCCCAUGGACAAGAGGACGGCGAGGUUCGAGUGCCCCAAGUGUCGACAGCGGUUCGACUCCGUCAAUGCUUUCGACAUCCAUAGAUUCACUGCUCACAGUGACGACACCAAGACUGGCUUCGACGACUUAACAUUUGUCGAUUUCUCCAGCAAGAAGUUCCCGGAGAUUGCACGAGGGGUAUGCGAGAGAAAUCCUCAUGUUUCCAUAACGGACCAGCGCUACAGAUGUGACAUCUGCUGCCGAGACUUCCCUUGCGGACAGGCAUUGGAUAUCCACAGAAAAUCGUGCGCGUCUGCCACUCGCAUCCCAAGCCCCGAGAGGGAUCGCAGGGAAGAUUUCUUCGCCAAAUUAGAUCUUAGAAACCGGUCGUUCGGUAUACCCGGUACAUUAACUCCUCCUAUGGAUAGAUUUACUCCCAAAUUCGAUGAUAACCAUCUCACCAAUGGCAUCAGACACAUCGAUGCCGCUCGCGAUUUGGCAGAUAUUCAAUCGAUAUUAAACGUCACGUCAGCCGGCGGCCUUUUAGAGCGGCUCACUGGCACAAGAGUGGCGUUAGAAAGUGCUGUCCUAACCCCGCCUGAUACAAUCAUCAAGGAUAGAGAUCAGGAAGAAACUCAAGACAACUUUGCCGCUGAGUUCAGACGAAUGAAGUUGCGUGGAGAGUUCCCUUGUAGGUUAUGCCCUGCCAAGUUUCCGAACCUUAGAGCUUUGAAGGGACAUAACAGAGUGCACUUAAGCGGAACCGGCCCAGGACCUUAUCAGUGUAACAUGUGCCCGCAUGCGUCUUUAGAUAAGGCGGCGCUAGUACGUCACAUGCGCACCCAUAACGGAGACCGGCCGUACGAGUGUGCUGUGUGUAAUUACGCCUUCACAACCAAGGCGAACUGUGAGCGCCAUUUAAGGAACAGACACGCCAAAGUGACAAGGGAAGAUGUCAAAAGAUCUAUCAUUUACCACCCUUCAGAAGAUCCAAAUAACGACGAAGUGAACUCAAAACUUGCAAGGGAUGAGGUGAAGAGAUCGCUUGCUUUCCAUACUCCGGAUAUUGAUAGACGGAAUGAGAGUUCGGGCCGGGAUACGCCGCUAACACACUUCACGCCAAGCUUCAUAACCGACAGACAUCCUGUUGCUAAUUUAACAACUAAACCAUUGCCCGAGUCUCCUCUGCCCUUACCGAUGCCAAGAGACCCUGACCAGCCACAGCCUCGAAUCAAAGUAAAGGGUAUUGGCCAGCUGACUCAAAUACCGGAGUUCAGACCACCAGAAAUAAACUACAAGCCUGCUGACAUCCAACAGGAUUCUUACGAUGAAGAAGCUCCAGUUGACUUGAGCACCAGCGACAACAAUAGUUGCGAUGUCCUUGAUCUCAGUAAGAAGAAGCGUGAUACCGAUUCCGAUGAGUCUAAAGUCCCGCCGCGUCCAUCCUUCGAGCCCGACCCAGCGAGUGUAGCCGCGUCUGCUUUUGAAAAGACCAGAUUCCUCUUAGCUUCUCAGAGACUGUUCGAAACAUCUCUGCCAAAGAUCGAUCCAGCUUACUACGCCUCACAGCUAUCUCAGCUGUAUGCAGGUGCUGUCCCCGGAAUACCCGGAUUGCCAUUACCGCCGUCCUUUCCUAUCGCCCCAUAUUUACUACAGCCCUCGUUUUUUCCUCACCCAACUGAUUCUCAAGAACUUGCCGAAAUAAAACAGCACAUACAGAAAGAAAUCAUAAGAGGUUUAAGCAUGUCUGGUGGCAGACUCGUACCCAACGAUCAAGAGACUCAGCCUAAACUGGAGCCAGAAGAAGAGGAACAAAAGCCACCUCAAAUCAUCUCCCCAAUUCCGUCACCGCACUCUGAAUCUCCGCGUCCUCAAAUAAAUAACACUCUUGUGCCUCAAACCGAUUCCGUAAAAAUGGUUAUAAAAAAUGGCGUAUUAAUGCCAAAGCAGAAGCAAAGGAGAUACAGAACUGAAAGACCGUUUUCGUGCUCUCAAUGCUCAGCACGAUUCACUCUGCGGUCCAACAUGGAGCGUCAUGUGAAACAGCAACACCCUCAACACUGGAGUGUGCGGAGGCCUGCACCGAGGGCCCCGCCGCCGUACCCAACUCCUGACGCUUUGACUGAUCGCAUGAAGUUUGCUCUAUUGGCGCGACAUCUUGAGAGACCGUUGCAACAAUCUGAGCGAUCACCAAUCCGCCGUGAUUCAGAUGAAGUGGCCGACAAUGAGGAAGAUGAAGACGAUACUCUAGUGAUUGAUGAGGAGCCAGAUCAGGACAGUAAGUCUGAAGAACAUACCGCAGCGCGUCGCGCUGCAGCUGAAAUCCUAAUGGCUACAUGCCAACAGGAAAUGAACAAGGAUUUUGACCUUAAAAUAGCUGGUAAUUUGAUUAACAAGCCAGCACCCCUUACCAAUGAUAAACCUGAGGCUGAAAACAAUUCUCUAUCGCCCAAUCAAGAGGCAUUGCAAGUACCAGUGGUGCCUACUCGCAGUGAUGAGGAAGAAGAUGAAGAAGGCCUUGUGGCUUCCACCAGCGAAGGAAAUAACUCCGGAAGCGAUGAAAAUAAAUCUGAAACGGAUUCAGCCCUGCCCCCUAAGAAGAAGUCAGCUUACAGUUUGGCACCGAACCGUGUGUCAUGCCCCUACUGCCACCGAAAGUUCCCGUGGUCGUCGUCUUUACGUCGCCACGUGCUGACUCACACCGGACAGAAACCCUUCAAGUGUCCGCACUGCACGCUGCUCUUUACCACCAAAUCAAACUGUGACCGUCACCUAUUGAGAAAACAUGGCGGAUCCGCUAGAGCUAUCCUCGCGGAGCCCAUACCAGACACCGUCUCGCCACCUCAGCCAGUUAAUGACACACGAGCGGUUCCCGAAAGGCCAUUCAAAUGCGCAUCCUGCCCCACAAGCACUUUCUCGUCUUUAGAAACAUUAAAGAAGCAUAUGUCUUCACGACAUGGCGCAGACUCUCAGCCCAGCUCCCCUAAUCCUGAAAUAGUUGAAGAUAAUCAUGAAGGAGGGUUAGUGUUCAAGUGCCAUCUGUGCGAGGCGUCUUUCGGAGACAGGAGUGGGGCUCUAUCCCACUUGGCAACUGGGCAUACAGCGGAGUACGAUCAGCUGGUCAGUAAGGGAGCCCUGGACGCUCCCAGUGACCGCAGCGAGAGUGCCGAUGAUGAUGAGAGGGGCAAAUUUCCCGAUCACGCUAAUAGAAAGGUGGUCUGCGCUUUCUGCGUGCGUCGUUUCUGGUCAGCGGAGGACCUUCGUCGCCACAUGAGGACUCACUCAGGGGAGAGGCCGUUCGCCUGUGAUCUGUGCAGGCGUCGCUUUACCCUCAAGCACAGUAUGCUGCGACACCGCAAGAAGCACCGAGAUGAGAUCACGGAUGAUGAGGAGGCAUCGCCGCCUAACACACCACUCGAAGAUAACUUAGCUAAUGGAUAUCGUUACCAAGACGACGACGGCUCUGGAAACGAAAUACCAAGCAACGUGAACAACAAUAACUCCCCGCCGUCAGUCCCAUACGAGAAGAAGCUCAAACUAGACAUGACAUCUCGCAAAUACUCCUCAGAGGCCGAAAAUGAUCCCGAAAACAGCGACCUGAUCGGCAAACUCCUGGGGAUCCCUGACAAAACCAUCAACAAACUACUCUCCUCCGCAGACGAAGCCGCUAAAAUCCUUGGAGUGAACAAAUGAGAAUACGCUAUAGUCCUCGUGACCCCUGCCAGACUUAUCCUGGCACCACGGGGACUAAAACUGCCGUUGCAAAUUCAGACGUCUAAUGCUAAUGGACGCGGUAUAACGCCAUCUAGCAACCAGUAGACGUACAAUUUCAACGUUUACACUAUGUAAAUAUGUUAUUUGAAUAUGGAACUUCGCUUCAUCGAAUGUAUAUUUACAGCAACGCCAUCUAUCAACGAUUAGACGCAUUAAGUGCGAAGUCACUACAAUGCAAUAGUUUUAUAUUUGCUAGUUUUAACUAGGUGCCUUUAGCUGCCUUAAUUUAAAGUAUAAACCGUCCUAUUAUGCCUUACUAUACUAUUUUAAAGCUUAAAUUGUGGGUAAAUAACAACGAAGGUUCUUAGUGCCAGUCCUUAAAAGUACACUGUAUAUUUGAAGUUUUUCAAUCGUAGUUAGUAUAUACUCAAGCUCUUGAAUUUUAGUAUCUAGGAUAGGUGUUGAAAGACAGUUUCGAAAUGUACAGUUUUAGUCAAUGAGUGAGCGAUUUUUAGGUCUUUUGGGCAAAAUAACUGCAGUAUCCACUCUUUUGAGUAUUAUGCAUUGCUAUAAGUAAUAGAUUUCAAAGGCACUGGGAAUGUAAUUAAUUUUAAAUUGCCGAAAUUUUUUAUAGAGGGUUCCAUUACUAACAUAACUCUUUUAAAUAUUUGCCAGUUUGCCUAAAGGAUAAUAAAAUCAAUCAUCUUAAUUGACCCAAGUCCACACUAUAUUUAAUGCACAUUUAGCUGAUUAACUAUCAAUUAGCUAGAAGCCGAUAAAUUAUGCAUUUCCAUCUAGUCGGGGUACUAUUUUCCAUAUCUUUUCAUGUACUAUAAACACCCAUUUUAGUAAUAAAAGUCAGCCAAAAAAAACUUAAUUUUCGCAAACCCAAAAUUAAUCUAGUCAAUUUUAAAACGAUUUUUUUUUCUAAUUCUAAGCUAAAAUACCAAAAUAUCAAGUUUACAUUCUCUUACAGUUAAUAAUAGUUAGCUAAGAUUAUAAUAAAACCUCAAAUUAUAACCAAUGAGUAAUGAUAAGUGUCUAUCAGUGGUUUAGGUACUUAAAUAUUAGAAUAGUCUUUAUCCUAUAAACAUAUCUUUCUUAGAACUGUGUAUAUCUUUAAUACCAUAUUUCCUUAUCUUUCUAUAUACUAUCUGUUUCUAUUCUAAUCUUAGAAUAUAAUUAAUUUAUAUAAGUUUCGUAAGAGGUUAGAACACUGUAAAUACGUAGCAUUUUAUCUCAAGGGGCAAAACGCCAGUCUUAAAUGCUAGUAUAUAAUCUAGGCCAAGGUUUAUACCUAAGAUACCUAGAAAACUAGAUUCUUAAGUACUUUUUUACGAACUUAAUUUAACUUAAUUUCUUAGAACGUGAAUUAAUUUAUAUGACAUUUUGUUUGCUCAAAUUCAUGGCAUUUCUUUACUGACAAAGACUAGGAGUUAAACUAAAUUUUAGGAAACAAUUUUAGGAUCUCUUAGGUACUUAUAACUUAAUAUAAAUACUUAUAUACGUUAUGUUAGCCCACGGCUACCGGUGGACAACCGUUAACCACGGAAUUAUUUUAUUCGAAAUAAAAUAUUUAGUUUUCCAUUUAAAAUUUAUUCGAAGUUUUUUUUAAUGUUAUUAUUUUAUUGGUAUUUCGGUGCAGCAAUAUUUUUUAUUUUUUUAUUAAGGUUAUGAACCUUGUAGGAUAGCUAGAAAUAGGAUUACCGGUCUCUUUGAAGAUUGACGAAUCAUACGCUAGAAUAUACCUAAGUUCGAAUGUGCUUUGUAUAUGUGUAAUGCUACUAUAUACCAAAUAUAUUAUAAUAAUAGUUCUAUUAAUAAGGUUUAAUGUAAUAAAUAAUAAGUAAAUGGAUUUAAUAAUGUAUUCUUAGUAUUUGUAGAAGUGAGUUUUAAGCAAUAAUUAUUUAAAUGGUGUAAUUGGAUAAUUUGAGGGUUGGGUUUUGAGCGGAACAAAGCCAUUCAUAUGACAGAUAAAUAAAAAACAUCUGAUCAGAUAAAAAUAAAAUACUAUAAUAUCUAAAUGUUCAAGGACCAUUCAUAACCAAACCCUAAAUAGACCAGAAAAUGAAUAAACUUAAUUAAUUCAAACGUAGAUGUGACUUUUUAAAUUAUAAUUAUUAUAAUAAUUAAAUGUAUACCAAAGUAAGGUUAAUUGUAAGCUUAUGUAUUAAUUUAACUGAAUCCUGCUUCCUGUCAAUUAUAGUUAGAAAAAGGAAUGAUUUUGAUAUUUGUAAUUAUAUUUAUUUAGAAUUAUUUUUGUAUAAUUUGCUUUCUCCAGUUGGACGAAAAAAUUGUGUUGCUAAAUAACAUUGGAAAAUAAUGUUACAUAAUUAUUAUUAGCGUUUCUGUAGUUCUACCCAUAUCUUAAUGAUAUAGGUGAAAUGUAUGUCUGUAUAUAAUUAUAAGUUAAUAAUUAAUAGGUAGUAAUCUCGUACUUACUAGUAAAGUAAUUAAGUCUAUAAUUAAUAGGAUAUUGUGGCAACACCGCUUGGCCUUUUAAAUGUAGUGUUCGUGUGUUUUAAAAUAUGCUCUCGUAUACAUAAGAUAAACUAAAUUUUACCAUUUACGCAUGAUUAAGAGUAAUUAUUAUACAUUAAAUAAGAUGUUACGAUUCACCUUUUUGCCUCUCUUUCUUUAUGCAAUAUGAGUGUCGUUUUAAAAACGGUUUUUGUCAAAUAAAUAAUGGUGUAUUAUUAAAA